AUGAGCGAGACUUCCAAGAAAAAAAAUACUGGUAGACCUGAAAUGACAGUAUGGAGACAACCAGAUACUUUAGAAGACCAUUUAGCUACAGAAUGUCAAAAAUGUUUAGCUAAUGUCCAUGAAGAAUAUCUUACAAUAGUUACAAAUCGAUCAGUUGAAAAAGCAUCCUCAGAAAGACAGAAAAAAAACAAACAAACUCAACUUAAUGAAUUCAUGGAAAGCACCAACCUUUCUGAUCAAAGAUAUAAUGAUAUUAAUAAAGCUUUGG